AAUAAAUGAGAUAAAUGCCCUCUCUCUCUCUCUCUCAUGGUUUUGGGGAUCCCCCUCUCCUGUUUCCGAGAAAAAUUCCAUCAGCCGUCGGAAAGCUCCGAGAGUUGCCUCAAGGGAAACCCUAAUCCAGCCUGAUUUCAAGGCGAGGAAUUUGUCAGGAAGUUGGAAUCUUGUUACCUUGAUUCGUCUAUAAGCUCGCUGAAAUGGAUUUUGCUUGUGGUCCUUGACGGGUGAAUUCUUCGAAGAAUUUUAUCAUAUUUGAGGGAUGGGAUCCAAGAAGUGAAUUCGUAGUAGUGGAAACUGGAAAGCUGAUUCCUUGACAAUUAUGAAGGCAGUCGAUUUCAAAGGUUAUUUGGAUGGAUUCCUUUGAUCUCAACACCCGGUUGCCUCCUCGGAAGCGACUACUCGCUGGGCUAAAGAAGGAGGGUUCUGAUUGCGAUUUCUCGCCUCCUGUUCCUUUAUUUUCCAGUGAUCUCAAUGCCCGUAUCCGUGAUAUUACCAACUCAACCACUUCUUCCCCUGAUGAGAUCAUUGAGGCCACCAAGUCAGUAGCUUUGGCUGCCGCAGAAGUUGCUGCUGCUGCAAGAGCCACUGCGAUGGAGAAAGCAGCUGCGGCUGCGAAGGCCAGGACCGCUGCCAGGAAUGCCCUGGAAUUAUUAGAUUCAAUCUCAAGGAGUGAAGCUGCCCGAAAGGAUUGCCCAACCAAAACCAAAUCUCGAAAGAAACAUGUGGCGGUCAAGCUCUUGUACAGUAAUAAACAGCCCAUGGGGAACCGAGAAACAGAUGAAGAAUUGGCCCGGAGGUUGCAUCGAGCUAUGAACAGUUCCCCAAGAAUUUCAAACAGUAAACAGAAGAAGCUUCAUGGUUCUGGGAAAGAGGAAGUUCAGAAUGGUGGUGCUGUGUGCAAUGAAAACUCACCUGUUUCAGGUGAUAAAGCUGUUCAGUUGAAUAAUGGAUAUUCUGUAGAUAAAGUGGAAGAAAACAUUGCUGUAUGCUCCAAAGAUGACCUUUUUGGGAGGGAAGAGGAAGAAUCUGGUUGUCAUUUAGAAAAACAUCAUCAUGGAUCUAAGGAUAGAAGAAUUACUGGUGGUAGGAAAGCGAAAAUUAAGCAAAAGAAAUUGCCUUUAAGUCAAUGUAAUGUAAGGGAUCAGGGAGAAACUGAAGAUACUCGAAGCUCUGUGGAUCAUUUACUGACUGGGGAAUCAGAAUUGGAUCAUGUAGAAAGACACACAUCUUCCAACAAUGCAAAUCAUUCUGAUGAUGGGCAUUUGUCGAUGAAGAUUACAUCCACAUGGAAAUGCAAGAAGCUCAAGGCGUCACAAUGUUCUUCCAAUAGCAAGAUCAUGCGUGUUCUAUGUUCAAAUCCGUCACCUACCAAGGCCUCUGCUAUGGUCAAAGUUGAUUAGUGAGGUAACUUUAUUUUUUGUUAUGCUGGAUAGAUGAUGGCGUUGGAGCUCACAUUAGUGUUAAAAGCAGCUGGAGAUGAAUAUAUGUUGAAUUUUGCAAUCCGGACAAAGAGAAGGAGAAGACAUGUUACGCUAAGUAGUUGCUUGCUUUAUGAUUUCAUUCUAUACAGGGUGCUUGCUUUCACAUAUCAUGUUCUGUAGAAGGCUUGCUUUUUUGGUUUUGUUCUAAUGUAUCACUUUCUAUUUAUCUUUAUGCUGUAUUUAUUAGUAAGUUUGCUGGAGAAAUUCUGUUAUUUGUUAUUGAUGGAUAGUACUCCAAACUCACUGAUUUCUUCUGAAUUACAUGAUGACCAAGAUAUGCAAAACUCGUGCAACCUUAACUGAA